UAGUUUCAAUGCAGCGGGUGUUUUGCAAAAAGAAAGCUCGCGAAUAUGUGUUUAGUUUUAGUAUUCUGCAAAAUGUGAACUUUAUAUUGUUUUGCUGCCAAGAUAACAAGGGAUAUUUGUAAUUAAGGUGUUCCUUACGUGCAGUUUGGUGCUUUUCUUGAGUGUGGACAACGGAUUGUUCCAAUACGUACACCUACUGCUGAUAACUGACUGAGUGUAGUAAAACAUAAGGACAUUUGGCCAGAAACCGAGAUGAGAAAGGAGAAAGUCGUCAAAGAUUCUUUAUUUACGUUUUUGCAGCAAGAGGCAACGGGUGUUUCAAUCAGUGCUGUGGAUGAUAUAGUCCUUAAUUACAUAGUCAGUGUAUUAGAGGACUUGGGUACAGAAGGCAUUGAUGAAGAAGGAUUUGAUAUUGAUGAAUUCUGUGAAAUGAUCACUGCAUAUUUACCAGGAUUCGAAGAUGUAGAUAGUUCCAAGGUUUGUGAAUGGAUAUUCACAUUAGCAAAAAGACUUGCUGAAGUUCAGAAUGAAGUGCCCACUACAGCAACAUCAACAAAUAAAGAUGAAGACAGAAACUCCAAUUUUCAUAUACCUGGAAAGCCAAAGGACAAGUCUGUUUCAGCAGAUUUAGAUACAAGUGAAACCACAACAAUAUCAGCACUAUCACAAAAACGAGCUCACAGUAUAUCAGAGACAUCUGAGGACUCAGUAGAUUCAGUUGGAGCUGCUGCUCCAAGUUUGGACUCUCAAGAUCACGUAGAACAAGCUCAGGUGUCAUUACUACUAGAAAUGUUCCCGUCUUCCUGCAGUAUAGAGGUCACUCACUGCCUCAAGGUGGCUGAGGGGGACCUUGAUAGGGCUGUCCAACUGGUUUUACAUAGAAUAGAGACGGGGGAACAGCUAACAAAGAAGACAAAUAAGAAGAGUGCUAAAAGAAACCCAACAGUAUUAGUAGCUGCCGAUGGUAUAAAAGAUGCAAUAGUUUCAAGGUAUGGGUAUGUGGAUGAAGAUGAAGACAAAAGAACCCAUCAACCAACAUUACCCAAACAGGAGCCUAAGAAGCUUGUAAUGUACAGAGACAGCCAGGUAGUGAGCAAAAGAGGAGAGAAAUUCUCUGAAGUCAAGAGAGAUGACUCUGAAGAAAUGAAAAAGACUUAUGUAAAUCUGAAACCAGCCAGGAAAUACAGGUUUCAUUGACCUCCAGGUGCAACUAAUGCAAUUUUGUCACUUCUGUCACCAUUAUGUCACAUCUAACACAUGUCACUGCCAUGGAAAGAAUCCAUGUGCUAAUUGUAAUUUUUAUAAAGACAUUUUCAGGCCUACCCAACUACCAGACUCGGCACAUAA